AACUGAUUUAUUACAGCUCUUAUUGUUGUGAGUAUUGUCCAAUUUCCAACAGAAUUUGGACAUGAAAAUAUCCAGCAAUAAUUUAUAUUGUCGUAAUUCUGCAAGAAUUUUGACAACUUUGGAAAUUUGCCGUAUUGUCCAAAUUCCAUUGUUGUUUUGAAAUUUUUCGAAAUUAUAAUGGAAUUUGGACAAUGUCAAAAUUCUGGUGCCCAAAUUCUAAUUGCCCAAUUUCCAUAGAACCAAUGAAAUAUCAUUGUAGGCUAGCUUUUUUUGUUCGUGCGUCAGUAGUGUCUAUUUUAUUUGUCUUUUAAUUUCAUUUUUUUCAUCUGCCAGUAUACAGGGUUCGUCUAGAUUUACAGUGUGAUUGUUUUCAGUGACAUGUACAGCUAUUUUUGAAAACAAAUCAUCAUUUUCUAUUUUCUUCUCAUGCUGGUUCAUUCUAAUGCCAACUUCGUUUCCUGUUUGUCCGACGUAAAUGUUAACACAGUCUUUGCAUUCUACCCAAUAAACAACUCCAACUUUUCUAUGACCUUUUCCUUUGUAUUUGCGAGAGAAACUGCUUCCCAGCAUCCGAUACUUUCGAAAUCCAAAUCCUAUGUUUGUAAUAACAAAUUUGUGGAGACUUCUCUUUAAACUCGAAUCAAAUUUCUUUGAUUCACUUCCUAGAUAAUAAAAGGAAAUAUUCGCCUUAAUUUUAUCAUUGGGAUUGACAACUGGUUUAGAAGAAGUAGUGAUGUGUCUAUUGCAGUAGCUUUCAACAGUGUUAUCAAUAGUUCGUUUCACCAUUUUAGCUGAAUAACCAUUCGCACUAAGAAUGGUUUUAAGCCAGGAAAUUUCAUUAUCUAAUAAACUCUUUUGUGAGCAAAUUCUAAUUGCUCGAAUAACCAGACAUUUGAUUAAAGCAACCUUCUGAUAUCUCGGUGACCCGGAAGCCCAUUUCAUGCAUAGAUUAGUGCAUGUUUUUUUUCUAUAUACUGUUGUUUCAAGAUGAUCAGAAUGUUUCUCGAUUAAAACAUCUAAAACGGCUAAUUUAUUAUCGUGUUCUAUUUCCAGUGUGAAUUUGUAGUAUUUUCGUUCUCCUCUGUUUCAACUAGUAUGUAUAUUCAUCUCUCUUCUAAAUUCACAGUCAUAUUAGCCUGAUGAUGAUACUGUGAAGUAUCGAAAGCUCGCUUUUUGUGUAAAAUGAUUUUACAAAAAUGUUUUUCGAUUAUAUUAAAUAUACUUAAAAUUAUUUUUGUAUGACAAAUAGCUUCGUAUGUACCUGAAUCGCAGAAAAUAAAAUUAUUUUGACAUAGAUCCUCUUUCACUGUGUUGUUUUGAUGAUUAAAGAGUGUUAAAAGAUAAAUAUCUAUCUCUCUUCCUUCGUAAGUAAAAACAACUAUAUUACUGUGAUUCUGUUUGGCUUGUAAAUUUGAAAAGAAAAAUAAGAAAACUUGGAUAUUUCAAAAAAGAGCAUAAACUGUUGGAAAUAAUUUUUUUUUCUUCGUAAAUUAUUAUCGAAAUAAACAACUAUCUACACAAACGUUACGCACUAUACGUAUCCUGAGCAUAAAAGUAAUUGGCCUCUCAAAAAUACUUAACUGUUUCUUCACCCUUUCAUCUUAGAAACUUUUGAAAAAAUGUACUUUGUUCAAGGGGGAAAAAGUGCGACUUCAAUACUUCAGUCUAUUCCAAGCUACUUCAUGGGUACUCAAAGUAUAUAUUCAAUUACUUCUUAGCUAUUUCUGUAGUGCGUUUAUCGUACUUCCACAUGCACUACUCUGAGUUUAGUUCGCUCGGAUCUGUUGCGUAAAAAACUCAAAAUACUUCUUUCUGCUUCAGUUUAUUUCAACCUAUUUCAAAAUCUGAAGUAGAAUGAAGUAUUUUGAGGUUUCUAUGAAACAGUUGGACUCAGAGUAGUGCACGUCAAAGUACGAUAAAAGCACUACAGAAAUAGCUAAGAAGUAAUUGAAUUUAUACUUUGAGUACCCAUGAAGCAGCUUGAGUUAGAUCGAAGUACUAGAGUUUCGGUUUUUCCCCUUGAAUUUGAUACCUCCAUAAAUUCUCUGGAAGAUGUAAAGUUAGCGGAUUAGGUGAGUAUAUAGCGUCCUUUAUCCCAUACUACUAUCUAUUUCAAAAUAUAAGACAUUGCGAUGUAUUAUGAAUAACUCCUGCGCAGUAGGAGGUAGAGAUCUGUGGGUUUCAGAUUAUGCAAGAAGAUACCUGGGGACAUGACUCUAUGCUAAAUUGAGCCAAAUCCAACAGGUCUACCAUGGUAUAUCUUGUGAAACAAAAUGUCCGAGCCUGCUGUUCCAUAAGUCUACAUAGCAAAGCACUGCUCUAAACACAUAUGGAUAUACAGUGGAUAUCGCUCUACAACCUGGCGUAACCACUAAGUCUCCACCUACCGAGGUUCUAGCGCUACAGACAAUCUACGAGAACCUACUUAUCGGCUAAAUCUGGACUCCGGAAAACCUGAAAACGCAAGAAACAUAGGUUUUCGAACACGGUUUCGAAGGCUUUUAAAAGGUUUCUAUUUUAGUAAGUACUGAAGUAAAAAUCUUUUAAAAACCUUCUAGCACCUUCAUUUCUCAAUCAAACUGCUUCAGAUUUUUCACUUGCUGUACAGUUCAGGGAAUGUAAAAACUGUUUAUCAUACUGAGAUUUCACCUGAAGAUCUUCAGAGAUUUUCCGAAAAACCUGUCGAAGAUACGGUUUGCUUUUUGUGGUUCUCGUCGUGAGAUCGUAUAGAACACCUUUUGUUAUACUCACUCUUCAACUUACAUGCAAUUUGGUUGAGAAAUGAAGGUAAUAGAAGGUUUUUAUUUUAGUAUAGUUACAGUGAAAAAAUCAAAUUUUCUGAAACCACAUCUUUUGAAGUGUACUUAAUCUGGAGAACAAAACGAACUUUAUCACGAGAUUCCCCGUGUUUGAAAACCUAUGUUUCAUGUGUUUUUAGGUUGUCCGGAGUCCAGAUUUAGCCGAUAAGUUGAGAGAAAAAAUGCCCAGAUUGACUGUGUCAUGUUCAGAAAAUGAAGAACAGUCUGGCCCAACAUUAGUUCACAGUCAAGGUGUGCCAAACUAUCGUAUCGAUCCCGAUUUGAUACGUGUACUACAAGAAGCAUUUACAAACGAUCAUUUACGUAAUGAUCAUCAAGGUGUUAUAUGUGAUUUUCCAGGACAGCAGGUUGUUGAUGUUCUUUCACAAGGAGCCGGACUGCGUCUGGCAAGUAAAGAUUUUCAUAGUGGGCGACAUCACUGGAGUCUGACUGCAGGUGAUCCUCAAGAACAUCAAGAUGAAGAUGAGGAUGAAUAA